AAUGUUUUAAAGGCUAUCAUGGCGGCGCUCUUAAAGGAGCCCACGCGGGCGGCCCGACGAAACUUCUUAACGGCAGCAGCUAUUUGGCAAGACUGUGGCAUCUCCAAUGGAAAAAAGGCUGCUACAGCAAGAGCUAGAACAGCUCCGUGUGCGUGGUUAUCGCAGUGUCGCUGCUACUCGCACUCAGUGACCUCAGCGACAUCUGAAGCACAUCGGAGAGCCUUCAGCUGCGUAUUACCUCUUGCUGGUUCGUCAACUUCCAGAAGAUUAUUACAGAGAUUAGGGGUGUUCGGAAGCAACUGGAGGCACUACAGUAGCGCAUCAGCGAUUUGUCGCCUUGGAACCUGGCGAUAUUACAAGGGCGAUGCUGUUGGCGGGAGGCCAUGGCUUGCACAGUCUACCAACAAGCUCCAAACUUUCGGGGGAACUUUCACGAACAGCGCGAGGUUUUACUGUGAUCAACAAAAACCUGAAGAACUUCCCGAAGAUGAUCCGCCUAAGGACGAGGGCAGUGUUAUUCACUAUCCUAAUCAAGGCGUCGGCGCAGUCGCUGCGCUAACGGUGCCUGACAUUUGGCCCCAAGUUCCUGUGAUCGCUGUCAGUAGAAACCCCGUCUUUCCCAGGUUUAUCAAAAUGGUGGAGGUUUCUAACCUGGCACUCGUCGACUUGAUAAGACGGAAAGUUCGCCUCAAUCAACCAUAUGCUGGUGUAUUUCUUAAGCGUGACGAAAGCAAUGAAUCUGAAGUGGUAGACAAGCUGGAUGACUUGUACAGUGUGGGAACGUUUGUCCAGAUUCAUGAGCUCCAGGACCUUGGAGAGAAGCUGCGCAUGAUUGUCAUGGCCCACAGAAGGGUCAAGAUUAUCCGCCAGCUUGUAGAAGAAGGUGAGGAGGCAAAAAGAUCAAACCGAAGACGACGACGCCCAAAUGCAAAUGGUCGCCCUACCAAUGCAGUUUCCUCAGGCGAAGUGGUUGAGGAUCCUGCGCCAGUGGUUGAUCAGGCAUCUUCACCAGCUGUGUCCGUCCCCAUGGGGCCCGUUCUGAUAGCAGAAGUUGAAAACGUGCCUCAUGAAAAGUUUGUCAUCACGGAGGAAAUGAAAGCAGUGACUCAGGAGAUAGUCAAGACCAUUCGUGACAUCAUUGCACUGAAUCCCUUGUACCGAGAAUCCAUCCAGCAGAUGAUCCAGGCUGGGCAGCGCGUAGUGGACAACCCUGUCUACCUGUCAGACCUUGGUGCGGCAUUGACUGGUGCUGAAUCUCAUGAGCUCCAACAGAUCCUUGAAGAGACCGAUAUAUCAAAACGUCUCUUGUUGGCUCUCUCCCUCCUGAAGAAAGAGUACGAACUUAGCAAACUACAGCAAAAAAUUGGCAAGGAGGUCGAGGAAAAAGUGAAGACCCAACAUCGGCGGUACAUGCUUCAGGAGCAGCUCAAGGCAAUCAAGAAGGAAUUGGGCCUUGAAAAGGAUGACAAGGAUGCCAUUGAGGAGAAGUUCAAGCAGAGGCUACAGGAUCUGGUUGUUCCAAAGCAAGUCAUGGAAGUGAUUGAGGAAGAAUUAAAUAAGCUCUCGUUUCUCGACAACCACUCAUCAGAGUUCAGUGUGACACGUAACUACCUCGACUGGCUUACGAGCCUCCCUUGGGGUAAGACAAGUGAGGAAAACCUGGACCUGGCUAGAGCCAAGGAGGUGCUUGAGGAAGACCACUACGGCAUGGAAGAUGUCAAGAAACGCAUAUUGGAAUUUAUUGCUGUGAGUCAGCUAAAGGGAACAACUCAGGGGAAGAUCCUCUGUUUCUAUGGCCCUCCCGGUGUUGGAAAGACGAGUAUUGCCAGGUCUAUAGCUAGAGCUCUUAACAGAGAGUACUUCCGAUUUAGCGUUGGUGGCAUGACUGAUGUUGCAGAGAUCAAGGGGCACCGCCGCACCUACGUUGGAGCCAUGCCCGGAAAGCUGAUCCAGUGCUUGAAAAAGACAAAAACAGAAAAUCCUUUGGUGCUGAUAGAUGAGGUUGAUAAAAUUGGAAGAGGCUAUCAAGGAGACCCGUCAUCUGCUCUCUUAGAAGUUCUUGAUCCUGAACAAAAUUCCAAUUUCCUGGAUCACUACCUUGAUGUCAAUGUAGAUCUCUCAAAGAUUUUGUUUAUCUGCACUGCAAAUGUCACAGACACAAUACCAGAACCACUCAAGGAUCGAAUGGAGAUGAUUGAGCUGUCUGGCUAUGUUGCUGAAGAAAAGAUGGCCAUCGCCGAGCGUUACCUGAUUCCACAAGCGAGGAAACAUUCCGGCAUUGCUGAUGAUCAGGUGGAUGUGAAGCCUGAAUCCCUACAGCGGCUGAUCAAAUACUACUGCCGGGAAAGCGGCGUCCGAAACCUGCAGAAACAUAUUGAAAAGAUACUCCGCAAGGCUGCUUUCAAGAUAGUCAGUAAAGAAUGUGAAGUUGUGGAAGUGCAGCCGGAGAACCUCAACGACUUUGUUGGGAAACCAUUAUUUACGCACGAUCGAAUGUACGAGGAGACACCACCUGGCGUUGUCAUGGGACUAGCCUGGACAGCCAUGGGGGGCUCCACAUUAUACAUAGAGACGGCCGUUCCACGGCCACUGGAAUCCAGUGGGGACAAGAAGCUUGAGGGCUCACUGCAGCUGACGGGUCACCUCGGCGAAGUGAUGAAGGAGAGUGCCAACAUUGCCUACUCCUUUGCCAAGGCCUUCCUGUUGAAAAAGGAUCCAAAGAACGAUUUCCUCCAGAAGGCUCACGUUCACUUGCAUGUGCCUGAGGGUGCGGUGCCCAAAGAUGGUCCCAGUGCAGGCAUCACCAUGGUGACUGCAAUGCUAUCACUGGCCUUGAACAGGCCGAUAAGGCGAGGUGUGGCUAUGACAGGGGAGGUGUCACUCACAGGGAAGGUGCUUCCAGUGGGAGGUAUCAAGGAGAAGACAAUAGCAGCCAAAAGAGUCGGUGUGACGUGCCUCAUCCUUCCCGAGGAGAACAAGAAAGAUUAUGCUGAGCUGCAGAGUUAUAUCACAGAAGGCCUGGAAGUCCACUUCGUUGACCACUACUCCAAAGUGUUUGAUUUUGUAUUGAAAGGCUGAGAAAUUUAUUAGAUGUGUACAUGGUAGUUUGUUAAUAUUAUCACUUUUCCGUAAGUAUGGCAUGAAAAUAGCGCUUUACCCAAAAGAUUGUUUUAUGUACAUUUCGGUCGUAAAUUGACUGGCUGCUCAGGGCCUGUUACCAAAUAAAUGGGCUUUACUUCA